UGACAUAUCAAUGUUUCCAAGCGUUGAUGCGUCUACCUGUAUUUUUCUACCAUGAUUUCUCCCCAAUAGUUAACAUCAAAUUUUCAUUGUUAUUGUGUUGAUUGUUUUGUUAUGAUAAGACGCGUUUUCUUUGGACAUUGUUUAUAAGUGAAUAAUUAAUUCAUAAAGAGAUUUUUAUCUUAAAAUGGAUUGCGAAGAUAUGCAAAUGAUUAUUUCAGAAGAGCCAAACUUGUCGGAACGCAAGGAAGGAGGAAAGCGAGGACGCAAACCAGGACGUAAGGCUUCGAAUGAAAAAGUCGACAUCAAAGCUAAACUUGAACGUAGUAGGCAAAGCGCCCGAGAGUGCCGUGCUCGUAAAAAGUUAAGAUAUCAGUACUUGGAAGAGUUGGUAGCUGAUCGGGAAAAAGCUGUACUAGCCCUGAGAGCGGAAUUGGAGCGAUACAAACAAUGGAGCCAUAAACUGGGCGAAGGACGCAUUCCCAAUGGAUUUCAGCAGUUAUUAGAAGAAUCUGGAAUUCUUAAACAAGAAAUAUCAUAGUUAAUAAAUAAAAGUGUAUCACAUAAUUAAAAUAAGUACCAAACAUUGUUUCUACCAUAGUAUUUGUAUACAUAAAUAAUAUAUUUCAUCCUAAAUGUUAAUAUGCAA